AAAUGUUCUUACUGAAAAUAUAUAAAAGACCGCAGUAAAAGAUUGAAACGGGAACACAGAUUUACAAGAAGUUCGGACUUAACAAUAAGGAUAUCCUUGAUCCAAGAUGUUUGUAACUUUGCUAGCACUAGUAUUGACAGUUUCUGCACACGCAGUCGACGGCAAGCUGUACGUGUGCGGGAAAAGUUUCUGCUUCGGUCAGGGCACCAAGGUUUUCCUGUCGGGAGUAAACAUGGCGUGGGACCAGUACGGGCACGACUUCGGAAAACACCAGUAUAACACACACCACAAGUCUGAGUUCGAGUCCAUAGCCAGACGAGUCGCGGCCGCGGGAGGUAACUCCAUUCGAGUAUGGGUACACACGGAAGGGCAGAUUUCUCCGAAGUUCGACAGCCACGGAAUGGUGACGGAUACAGAUGACGGUCAUUCCCUUAUCUCAGCCCUACGGGGCUACAUCCGAUUCGCUCGCACGCAGAAGUUGUUUGUCUUCCUUUGUCUGUGGAAUGGCGCAUUAAAGCAAGCCGGUAAUGAGCGUCUUCAGGGUCUGGUUAAGAGCACAACCAAACUUCAGUCCUAUAUCGAUAAUGCUCUCAUCCCGAUGGUCAAAGCGCUUAAGGAUGAGCCUAACCUUGGAGGGUGGGAUAUCAUGAACGAGCCUGAGGGUGAGAUUAUCGUGGGCCACCAAGACACACACCAACCCUGCUACGAUACUAGGUUCCUUCACAAUUCAGGAGCAGGAUGGGUCCAACAGAUGUACACGGCACAUCAGAUUCAGAGGUUCGUGAACUGGCAGACUGCCGCUAUCCGCCAACAUGACCAGUACGCACUUGUAACUGUCGGGUCGUGGAACCCAAAGUCCAACACCGACAACUUCAACAUGCGAAAUCUGUACAGUGACCACUGUCUCGUCACUGCAGGUAGCAAAUCUCUGGGAACGUUGAAUUUCUUCUCCACACACACAUACAGUAGUAAAACUUCUCCUACUACCUACGACUCUGUAGCGCCAUUCCGGCACAAUGCAACUGCCUAUGGCCUGAACCGUCCUUUAGUAGUGGCCGAGUUUAACCAGGUUUUGGGCGGAGGCUGGACAAUCGAUGGUCAGUUUCCAUACCUGUACACACACGGGUACGCCGGGGCGUGGAGUUGGCACGCACGAGCGAAUGGCGAGUACACGGACUCACUCGCUACCCAAGAAAAGGGCCUGCGGUCAAUCUCGGGACGAACAGGCCACGGUCACAUCCGUAUCCAAAUAUAAAUGUAAUUUGUAUAACAGAAUAAACCUAACUGCUGUUUAAUCUUUAAA